AUGUUGGCAUAUUGGGAAUUGUGUUGUAAGAUAUCCUUAGAGCAAAGCAGACCCUCUCCGGAUAUCGCUAUAAGAGAGUCUCAAACAGCCUAUGCAAAGUUCACUAAUGCGCAGAUCCACAAGAAUGUCAUCCAUAGAUCGCCCCCUCAAAAUAUAUCCCUAACUCAACGGUGGAUGCCUCCAUGUAAUGAUUUUGUAAAAGUUAAUGUGGAUGCCUCUUGGAAGCAAGGUAUGGAUGUGGCUAGUGUGGGGGUCAUAAUUCGAAGAGCCGAUGGGUCUUUCCUGGCAGGUUUCUCAGGCCCAACCAAUGCAUCCUCCUCAAUUGAGGUUGAGACUUUGGCAAUAUUGGAAGGCUGCAAGUUUGCUCUUCAUGAGGGUUUGAAUAAUGUGAUAAUCGAAUCCGACUCACGCGAGGCGAUUUCUAGUGUUCAUGGAAGCAUUGUGAGAGGGAGGUGGCAUUAUACCCUUUUCUCAAAACCAUUCGAUAGUUCUCUAGUAAUUUUCAUCAAUGUUAUUGGUCUUGGAUUCCCAGAAUUGCCAACUUAG